CUCGAGCCUGCGGAUGGAACGUUUCAAACCUCCAACGGCAUCCUCAGCGCGAGGCGGAGCAGUGUGGCGGUUGAGUGUUAGUAUGAAACCGUGAAGUCGGACGGCUAGCGUUAGGUUAGUGACAGGGAUUGUUGUAAAACCUCCUGCUUCGUCUCAAGUAGCCGUUUUCAUCCGAGAUAAAACAAUUUAAAAUGACGACCACUACCACUUUUCAAGGCAUGGAUCCGGAAGCUAGGAGUAGCUCCAGAGUGCUUCGUCCACCAGGUGGGGGAUCGAACAUCUGCUUCGGUACAGAUGAGGAGAAGCCCUCUACUCGCAAAAACAAAAUGGCUUCCAGUAUCUUUGCAGAACCCGAAGAUCCUCAUGCUCAUAGAAGGAACAAUCCACCAGGUGGGAAGCCCACAGGUGUGCUCUGUGGGGAACCAUCAGCCCCGCUGAGGAGGUGUGCCACUCAACCUGUCGAUCAGAGCAGUGCUGCAGCAGACGAGCCUUCAUCUGUGAAUGGUGACAAUGGCACAGUGAGUUCUGAGAGCACAGAGGAUGUGGAGACCACCCAGGAGCAGACAGAGAAGGCCGUCCUUCCUGCCCCAGGCGAGGGAUCUGCUGCUGGGGUUGCCUCUGGCCGCAGAAACCCCCCUGGGGGCAAAUCCUCUCUUAUCCUGGGCUGAAGAUCUUCCUCUUCCUGCUCCAACAUUCAGAGCCAUGUUCACAAAGUAUCUUGGAGCGCUGUUCCUGGGUCAGAUUUGCCUUUGUAGUUCACCUUGACCAGAGCCUGUGUGGAUGGGAGUGGAGGUGGGGAGAGGGUUCUGCAGCUGACUUGAUCAUUCAGAUACUUUGUAAAUACAGGCCUAAAUCCUGGCUACAGUGUUACCUUGUUCCGUGUUUUUUUUCUUUCUCUUAUUGCUAUGAGAGCAUUACUUGCUGCAUUUGUGCAAGUGUGAGGAAUUUCUCCACUUCCUUUCUCUCUUCCUUCUGAUCUGUUAUAUUGGCUGGUGAUAUGCGCACAGAUUAAACCUGAUAUGCAUACUCAAUUAAUUGUUAAGCCCAUAAAGGGGCUUCUUCCUUGAGAAUUGAGUCCUGUACUGGGUUUCAUCUGUAUCUGCCAUGUUUGUAUUUCAAGCACGGUACAGUUGAACCUGUCGUUGCCCGACCCAGCUGUUGAAGGCAUGAGGCUUGUUACUGUUUGUCCUGUCCCUAGGUGUAAAUGAUUUUACAGACAUUUGUGUUAUGAAUUUAUAAUUACAAUAAAAUAUUGUUAUGAAACUGGUAA